GGCCCGCAUUGUUCUGUAACUUGCUCAUAACUGGUGCUCAAUCCAAGGCUUUGUCACAAGUUAUUUUAAGACACCUGAUAGUGAAUUGCUCACGUACUCUUCUCCCAACACACACACUCUGUUCUUGUCCCCUCGUCCUUUCCAACCAAUGCUAGAAACUACUUGGAAGUAUUUAAAGACUACCAAGCCCACCAGGCUCAGACACUUCAACAAGCUAUAGGAAGAUAACACUUCUUCUGGUGGCAUUUUGAGGCAAUUGAAAGUUUCGAAGAUGCCAAACUGGGGAGGCGGAGCCAAAUGUGGUGCCUGUAAUAAGACAGUUUAUCAUGCUGAGGAAAUCCAGUGCAAUGGCAGGAGUUUCCACAAGACAUGUUUCCAUUGCAUGGCUUGCCGAAAAGCUCUGGACAGUACAACAGUAGCAGCUCAUGAAUCGGAAAUCUACUGCAAAACCUGCUAUGGGCGGAAAUAUGGUCCCAAAGGAAUUGGCUAUGGACAAGGUGCAGGCUGCCUCAGCACAGACACUGGAGAGCAUCUCGGGCUGGAUCUGCAGCAGUCACCGAAACCGGCUCGUCCUUCUACACCUACCAACCCUUCAAAGUUUGCCAAAAAGUUUGGUGAUGUAGAAAAAUGCCCACGUUGUGGCAAGUCAGUAUAUGCUGCAGAGAAGAUAAUGGGAGGAGGAAAGCCUUGGCACAAGACUUGCUUCCGGUGUGCUUUUUGUGGAAAAAGUUUAGAAUCUACAAAUGUUACAGACAAAGAUGGAGAGAUUUACUGUAAAGUGUGCUAUGCAAAGAAUUUUGGCCCUAAAGGAAUUGGAUUUGGUGGCCUCACUCAAGUUGAAAAGGUGGAGUAAGAUAUCCCCUACAUAGCCUUGUACAAAGAGUAACACAUGGUUAAAUAGAUGGCAUUAAUACUUUCAUCUCACUGAAAAAAAUGAGCUACAUUCUUAUAAGUUGUAUAGUUCGCAGUGCAGGAAAGCAUUUCUUGAUGGGUAGAAGUAGGAAAACAUUUAAUUUCUGAAUACACACACUAGUCUAACCACUUAGGUCUAAACUGCUCUCAAAUAAUUUCAAAUUGCUAUUUGUUUUAAAACAGGAACCUAGUAGCUCUUGUUACUGUUUCUCGGAGAUGACUGUGUAUGGAGCAUAACCCAAGGUGACUGUUUUUAUCCUGAUGAAACUAGGCAGAACCUGACCUCUAUUGUACAUUCUGCUUAACUUUUAAACAAAUGGAAUUUUGAAUGUGUGUUGCUGGUAUUGACAUAUCGGGGUACCCUUGACCCCAAUAGGGGAGGUUCGUCAUGUCAUGGAAACAUGUCAUGGAGGGUGUCAUGUCAUGGAAACAAAGGCAUUUGGCUAUAAUUUGUCAGAGUAGUUGCUAAUAAUCACAUCAUCAUAGUAUUCCAACUACCAUAGGAAAGUCCACUUGUGAGGUACAUUUUCUUGAAAUAUUUCAGCAGAGAAUGUUUUUGCUCUGAUCAUCUCAAAAUCCUGUUGUCCCUACCUGGUUGAGCUGGGAGUGUGAAGGGAAUUGUUCUGUCCCCAAGCAAGUAUAACAAGAAUACCACUGAACAGUGAGACAUAACUUGUAAUUGUGGGUAUGGAAAGUAUUAUUUGCCUCUUGGAUUUCUGAUCAUUUCUUUUAGUGGUCUCUGUUGUGACUCCACAGCUCUGUCUGUCUACCUCUUAAGUGAAAAUGGUUACUAAAUCAGCAUUGUAAUGUUUAGUAGUAUAAUCUAAUCUCAACACCAUCUUCUCCUAAAAGAACGGAUGUAUAGUAUGGAAAAACUGGCAGGAAUACAAGAGAACACAAAUAUUGUCAGAUCAUGGAUACUGUUUCUUUUUGAACUUACAAUAAACUGCAUAUGCUGUUAAGUUUUGGGGGUUUUUUUGCUCUAAAGCAAAUGUGUAUUGUGUGCUAGAUAAUUAAAGCCAGUAUUACAUAAAAUAUA